GGAAGUUUAACGUUCACCCGACGUCAGAGGCUGAGUACACAUGGAGGAUUGAAAUGAAAGCGUGCUGCGGCUGUUACUCAAGUGUCUCUAAUAAACGCCGGGUUUAAUCUUGUCUAUGCCUGGUGAGCUACGAGGUUUCCACGGGGGAAAUGUGAAGCGGUGUCGGGAGGCACCAGUAAAUUAAUAAUGCUAACGAUACAAGACCUCCUGAUUGAAGCUUAAACAAAAAAAUAGUGUUAUCUGGAUCGGAUUCGGCUGUAAAAAUCCUGAUCGGCGCAUCCGUAAUGAACACCAUUAAACUAAAGCACUUUUCAUUUGACAGGGUGUGAGGACGUGAGCACAGCUUCAUGCGGAUGCUGAAUCCAUGGCGAGGUGCUCCAUCAAAUAACAUUGAAUGGAGUAAAGGAUCAAUGAACGGUGAAGGCUGUGAUCUAAGUGUGCCAAGCCCAGCGCUGGCAGGGUAUUUGGGAAAUGCUGAAAAAAGAGGAGUGGUAAGUGGAGCCUGCCCUUGGUGUUCAGCAAAAGGACAGAUAAAUAUUCUUCACUCAUACGCAUUCAACUUUAAAGAGUCCAUCACACUAUGUACUAGUCCGUUGUGCCUUUUCCCUCUAGUUAGCGGGCCAUUGGACAAUAUCCGUGCCAUCCUUUCUUCAUCUCAAGACAUCCAGGGGUGCAAGAGGAAGUUUUAUCUUACACAGUCCAAAGACCCUGAUCCAUCCCCCAAGCGUUGGAAGAAAGAGGAUCCAGAUGUUGUGCCUGAUGUGGAUGUUGGUGACUUCAGAGUGUCUGCUAAGUCAAUCAAAAAGGGACUAUUAAUUAAUGAACACAAGAAGCAGCAAGAGGCUGAAAAUGCUGACAAGAGUACUGAGGCCUUUCAUGUCUCAAUUGGGGAUUCAGGAUUGUCUGAUCAUGCACAAAUCAAAGAUCCUGUAUCGAGCAGUCAGGACAAAAUGUGGGUAUCAGCAAUGGAGGUAACUGUGCAAGAUUUGGUACAGAUGGUACCUACUCUGCAUCAUUUAUUCUGGAGAAAUAAGGAUAACUUGUGUUGGUUAGAUUCGUUGCUUGUGGCACUUGUACACUCCAGGAUACUUACAGAAGUUUCUUGUGAGGAUGUAUCCUUGACUGACAGAAAUUAUACUGUGAAGAACUUGUGUGCAACAUACAAGAAGUCAUAUGCAUAUAUUAAAGCCAAGGAACAACAGUGCCAAGAUGACAUUGUACGAGUGCCUCUUGAUGACCUCCAGAAAGUAGAGCAAGAGCUGGAAGCUCUUCGGAUGUCUGCCUUCCAGUUCCUCCAGCCAAAGCUUCAGUGUGAAUUGGGUCAGAAGGAGACGCCUGUCUUUGCUCUCCCUCUGCUCCUAAGGUCAGAUGACUGGGCUAAUAGUCUAUUCCAGCAUACUGGUCAGUGGGAAUUUAAGUGCACAUGCUGUGGAUACAAUUUCAGCACAAGCAUGGAGAAGACUGUAACAACGUUUACACAGCUCAUGGCUGAUUGGCACCCACUCAGAGCAGUCCACCGAGCACAGUGCAGCAACUGUCAUAACAAGAACCAGAAGAGGAAAUUGGUCUUACAGAGAAUUUCUUCGGUGCUUGCACUACACUUUGUGGAGGGACUGCCACGGAGAGACAUCUCCAAGUACGCAUUUGAUUUCCAUGGCACGCACUACAAAAUCAAAACUAUUAUACAAUACAGUGAACAACGUGAGCACUUUGUCACAUGGAUCCAUCAACCAGAUGGAUUAUGGUUAGAAUUCGAUGAUUUGAAGUACCCUCACUGCAUAAACCACAGGAGGUUUACACUCCCAGCCAGUCAGUUCCACCUCGUCUUCUGGGAGGCAGUUUCGAGAGAGGUGUCUCGGCUUCCUGAUCCUCUCUCUGAUAACACCCCUACUCAGAGGAUGAGUAAAGUGGUUGAUGUCUUUCAAGAUGUAACUAAUUCUGUACCAGAUGAUGCAUGCAUCAUGGAGGCCUUGAAUGGAAAUAAAGACAAUAAUGAGGCUGUCAGUACCUGCGAUUCUUCAAUAGGCAGUGCAACACUGCUUGAUACUUUUGAGGGCCUUUCGCAUAGUGAUAUUGUCACCCUUACACUGGUUGAGUUCAAAGACGAUGCUGAAGAAAACACAAAUUUCCAGGAAAAGGUAAUGGGGCCAGAUGAGUCUAACAUCACAGAACCAUUUCACCUACUAGAGAAAAGCUCUGACCAUCAAACUGAAUGCACUGUAAAAAGCAAGAAGGGUGGUGCUAAGGAAGUUUCACCUUCACCAGAAAUGAUUCUUCCUUCAGUAGUAAAAGCAUCAGAAUCUGCAGAGUCACCAAGAGUGAGCAAGUGUCCACCUGCUCUCCACUCUUCAAAUCCUAGUGCCUCCAACCUAUCAUUUUUAUUUCAUCGGCAUCCUUCACACCAGUCCACACCAUUAAGAGCACCCCUUCAUGCCACUCAUCCAAAAGUUGACCUAAGAUUUGAUGGCAAUGAGUCCCUCCUGGCUAAGCCUGCUGAGCUCUUUGGUGGAUACAGAACAAAGAAUCCACCAAAUCCAGUCCCUGGAGGACCUUUAAGGCCUCCAUUUGUAAAAUUGCCCAAUGUUCCACAGAAGCCAUACAGCUGCCUUGAUGGUGUAACGUCUGUGGGCCCAGUUUCCACACUGGUGAAAUCUGCUAGCCAGAACAUCCCAAAUUCAUCUCUGUCAAAAAUUGUCUUAUCCACUGAAGCUCUUAGACUGAAACUGAUGAAAAGACUAAAGGCCAAGAAGAAGAAGCUGGCAAAGUUAAAUCAACUGCUCAGUAUAGAGGAAGGUGAGUCUACUCCCAGGCCAGACAGCACAUAUAUUUCCUCGCCAUACUCUGUCACCUCCAGUACAUCAGCCUAUGAUAGCCCAGCAUUUGAUAAUUUCUUUGCUGAGCUGCUAUCUCCAGCCAUGAGUGCCAGCAAUCUGUCACCUGACAGCACAGGCCUCUUGGAGAUGCUAACCAACAGCCAGAGCGCUGGGACAUCAGAAAGCAGCUCUCAGGAGAACUUGGUGGCAGCUUCUAAGCUUCCAGUUCUAAAUGACCCUUCAUCUACCAAUGACAACUUUCUUGAUGAAUUGAUCUCAGGAUCAAGGGAGCAGCAAGCUGUAAUUGAGAAUGCUGAACUUAAUGCUUUGGAUAUAUUCUUUUGAUCAGUGUUUUAUGUUUUUUGUCCUUUGCACCAGUAUACGUAAGGCUGGGAAGUUAAAAUUACUAACUAAAGAUCCAUUCUUGUCAUAUAGAUGCUAUGGAUUUCAUUUGUAUAAAAAACAAGCUGUUCUUGGCUCAAGUGAACCACCAGUAUGAGAUCGCUUUGCAUCUUCCAUCCAACUUGAAAAGAACAGAUUCUGCAUCAGCAAUCAAGGACUGAUUCUAAUAGAGGCAAAUACUUUAAGUUGUAAUGUGUAUAGAAUUGUGUACAUUUGAAGUUGAUGUUUCACUAUCCAGACUGUGCACAAAGUACUGCACAUUUUUGUACAACAAAAUAAACUGGAAUAUUUCUUUA